UGUUAAGAAGGGGCAAAAGCAAUAACUUGGAUAUAAAAAGGCGGCCUAUAAAAGUAACAGUAGUAGAACAAAUCGUUCCCUCUCGAAGAUCUACCGAACUAAGACAGCAAUAAUGUCGGGCAAGCUAUUUAUUCUGGGUAUCCUAGUACUUGCGGCAUGUUGCUUUUUACAAGCAUCUGCUUAUCCAGCCUUCCCAGAUGCGAAGUUAGUAACUGAUGCGAUUAAAAAAGCGAAUGCUCAAGCAGCAAAAGCAGCUUCCAGUGCGCCGAAGCCUGCUGAUGUAGCAGGCGCAGCACAAUCAGCCAUACCAGAUGCGAAGACAGGAAGUGAUGUGGUUAAAAAAGCGAAUGAACAAGUAGCAAAAGCAGCUUCCAAUGCGCCGAAGCCUGCUGAUCUAGCAGGCGCAGUACCAGAUGCGACGACAGUAACUGGUGCGGUUCAAACAGCGACUGCACCAGUAGCAAAAGCAGCUUCCAAUGCGCCGAAGCCUGCUGACCUAGCAGGUGCAGUACCAGAUGCGGCGACAGUUACUGGUGCCGUUCAAACAGCGACUGCACCAGUAGCAAACGCAGCUUCCAAUGCGCCGAAGCCUGCUGACGUAGCAGGCGCAGUAGAAUCAGCCGUACCAGAUGCCAAUGCAAAAGACACGGUUAAAGACGUCAAAUCAGCCGUAUCAAGAAGAUGAAUUGAAUAGUACCUGUAUUCUUACUUCUAUUGGGUCUUAUCUUUACUUUUUAUUAUUAAUAUAUAUAAUUCGAUUGAUUAACUCCUAAUUAUCAAAUUCUGAAUAAAUUAUUUGGAAAUUAAAUGAUUUAAUAAUAAAACAUUUUUAAUGCUCUAUAUUGUAACAAUGAAUUUGUGUCAAUAAUAAGUAUUAAUAAAG